CCGACGUCACUCCUCCAGUAUUGUCAAACCCCAGACACAGUGAGCGGGUAAAUACUUCCUCAAACACGGCGCGCCGCUCAUUCUGCUCUCAACUUACACAGGGGUAGUGAGAAUAAGACACGAACUACCGAAACCUCUCGGACUUUGAAGUCGGCAGAGUGACAUCUCAACAUGGCUCCGUUCCUGCGGAUUGCCUUCAAUGAUUUUCAACUGGGAGAACUACCCCCUAUGACAGAGCAACCAUUCUGUGCCAUCAAGAUGAAGGAAUCCCUCAGCACAGAGCGAGGGAAGACACUGGUCCAGAGGAAGCCUACGAUGUACCCUGCGUGGAAAUCCACAUUUGACGCACACAUCUACGAAGGUCGUGUCAUACAGGUGGUACUGAUGAAAACGGCAGAAGAGGCUUUGUCGGAGGCAACAGUUGGGGUCUCUGUCAUUGCUGAGCGCUGCAAAAAGGGAAAUGGCCGCGCUGAGUUUUGGGUCGACCUGCAGCCUUCUGGGAAGGUGAUGAUGUCUGUCCAGUUCUUCGUAGAGGGUUCUGACUUAGAAUCAAAGUCCUCAAUGACUGUGAAAGAGGACGACGGCAUUCUCACAAUAAACAGGAGGAGAGGAGCCAUCAAACAGGCCAAAGUUCACUUUAUCAAGAACCACGAGUUCACAGCCACCUUCUUCAAACAGCCCACCUUCUGCUCGGUCUGCAGGGAGUUUGUUUGGGGUCUCAACAAGCAGGGCUACAAAUGUAGGCAGUGCAAUGCGGCCAUUCACAAGAAGUGCAUUGAUAAGAUCAUUGGGAGAUGCACAGGGACAGCAACCAACAGUCGAGAUACAGUGUUUCAGAAGGAGCGCUUUAAGAUUGACAUGCCACAUCGCUUCAAGACCCAUAACUACAUGAGCCCGACUUUCUGUGAUCACUGUGGGAGUCUGCUGUGGGGAAUGGUUAAACAAGGCCUCAAGUGUGAAGAGUGCGGCAUGAACGUUCACCAUAAAUGUCAGAGGAAAGUAGCAAACCUUUGUGGCGUCAACCAGAAGCUAAUGGCAGAAGCCCUGGCUAUGAUUGAGAGCACUCAACAGCAGGCUCGCAGCUCUCGGGAUACUGAGAUUGCUGGUCGAGAGGGUCCAGUGGGCGUAAGUCAAGCAGGGGUCACUAGAGAGCCUUCGGGCCGCUUACCAAUAUCACCCCUCACGCCUGCACCGCCUCUACCACGCAAAGAGAAUCAAGGUAUUUCAUGGGACACUCCGGCUGAGGGCCGCAGGCCAAGUCUGGAACAGCCUGAACCCCUGUAUGCCACCCCACGCAAAGAGCACCAAAAGUUCAACCUAGAUAAUUUUAAUCUGCAUAAGAUGCUGGGCAAGGGCAGCUUUGGAAAGGUGUUCCUGGCUGAGCUGAAAGGCACGGGGCAGUUCUUUGCAGUGAAGGCCCUGAAGAAAGAUGUAGUACUAAUGGAUGAUGAUGUUGAAUGCACUAUGGUGGAGAGGAGAGUGCUGUCUCUGGCCUGGGAACACCCCUUCCUCACGCAUCUCUACUGCACCUUCCAGACCAAGGAAAAUCUUUUCUUCGUGAUGGAGUACUUAAAUGGGGGCGACUUAAUGUUCCACAUCCNACAUUUUAAAAGCCUGUUCUACGCGGCCGAGAUCGUUUGUGGGCUGCAGUUUCUACAUUCUAAAGGCAUCGUGUACAGAGAUCUCAAGCUGGAUAACAUCUUGCUAGACAUCGAUGGUCACAUCAAGAUCGCAGACUUUGGCAUGUGCAAAGAGAACAUGUUUGGAGAAUCUAGAACGUGUACCUUCUGUGGAACACCAGACUACAUCGCUCCCGAGAUUCUGCUUGGGCAGAAGUAUGGGACGUCUGUAGACUGGUGGUCAUUCGGCGUCCUCCUUUACGAGAUGUUGAUUGGCCAGUCUCCAUUUCACGGCCAUGACGAGGAAGAGCUGUUUCAGUCGAUUCGCACAGAUGACCCCUGCUACCCACGCUGGUUAACUAGAGAUGCACGGGACAUCCUUGUAAAGCUAUUUGUCCGCGAACCUGAACGAAGGCUGGGCGUGAAAGGAAACAUACGACAGCAUGCGUUCUUCAGAGACAUGGACUGGAGCGCACUAGAGAAACGACAGGUGGAGCCGCCCUUCAGGCCUACUGUGAAAUCAGCAAGCGACUGCAGUAAUUUCGAUAAGGAGUUCAUAAACGAGAAGCCUCGGCUUUCCGUCACAGACUGUAUAAUGAUCAACAGUGUGGACCAGACCAUGUUCAACAACUUCUCCUUCAUCAACCCCGCUAUGAGCCGUCUCAAGAGCCCCUGACACGCAGACGAACGGACACUCGUGCAAAUACUGUGAAAAAGUCUGAACUAAUAGGCAAACACUCACCUGAAUAACAUAUCGGCCUCUAGUCGACCUCGUUUAAUGCUAUAUUUCGUUUUUAUGACGUACUUGCCUUUUUGUGAAGUAAAAUGCAAAAAAACAUUAACAGCAAAAGUUUCAAAAACAUUUUUUUCCCUUCUUCAAUCCUCAAUCAACUAAAUCAUUGAUUCCUUCCCUGAAUCAAUCAUUUGUGAACGUAUUGAACUGAACGGGGCUCGUUUAAAUUGUAUAACAGAAAAAUCCCCACCGCUGCUUAAAUACACAGACUGUCUGGAAAUGUAGAAUUGUAAGAGAUGUACGUAUUUGACGAUGGUGUUGAAUUAUUAAGCCAUAUACUUGCGUUUCGUGAAAUUUGCUGUGCGUUUUAGUGGAAUGAAUAUGCUGUGAUGUAUACAUAAUGAAUUCUGUAGGCCUUGUAUAGAGUGUUGUGAAUGAUGGAAAAAAAAAAUUAACUACUUUAAGUUGCUUCUCAGUUAGGUUCUAUGCUCUUAGAUUGUACAAAGUUACAUGAAUUCUUGGAGGUUAACGUGUGGUUCUUUAUUACAAAAUGAUGUUGUUUUCUGUAUAGUAA